GCAACUGAAGCACAGAAAGAAUAUCAAUUAUUACCAAGUGGUGAUUCUGAAGAUACUUUAGAAAAUACAAAUGACAAAUUUUCAAAUCAGAAAGAAGUCGUUAAUUACUAUUUUAUUAUUGCCGCAUCAUUCGCACUGGGAAUUUCUCAAAACCAAGAUGAUCAACACACAAUACCACCACCUACAACUGCUACUGGUCCUACGAUACUUCACUCGUUUAAUAUGUCCUCUACAAUGUUUGGAAUGAUUUUAACUUCGUUUGCUACAUUUGGAUAUGCAUGUGUUUAUGUUGUAUCCGACCAAAUAUUUAUUGUUCGUGUCCCUAAUGAACUUCCGCCCUCUCCAGAAAAAGCAUGCUUUUUA